UUGAUCUGAAAGUCUCUUCUCUGAUUGGUCGAUGUAACAGGGGGCUCCGUUUUUCGCUGAGCUUUCUUCCGGCUUACAUGUUGGAAAAAAGAAAAGACGAAUGGGAAAAACUGUAAUCCACAAAACGACCAUUGCUUAGUAACUCCGCGAUUCGGUUAUAAACAGCUGAAAUGAGCUCCCAGCAAUUCCCCCGACACGGGUUGCCUGCUUCCAGCGGGGGAGCACCUCCGAUCUCUGCAGUGGCAAACCUGGUGUCUGUCAAUCAGCCGUCAAAUGCACCAGCUGGUGGAGAAGCAGACAGCAGUCGUGAUGCUGACCACGGCCAGCAAGAUCAUCCACCUCCUGCAGCUGGGGGGACCUUGGCGUUCAGAGAUGACAAGCAGGAGACCAUGGUGGUCAGACCUUACCCACAAGUACAGACACACGGCCAGCCACAAGGUACCCCCCAAACCGUGCCCAUCCAGCCUGGCACACCCGUGACUGUACCUGCCCCCCCUGUCCACCUCCCACAAGGCCAGCCUGCAGUCCUCACUGAGGGACAGGUGAAGGCUGUCCUGAAGUCACCUAUGCCAAGUCGUCUUAUUGCCCCAGCACCUGCUUCCAACCAGGCUCAUAUCCCCUUACCCCCAAAGGUGCCUGGUCACAUUACUGUCACCAUAGAGAGCAGCACAACAACCCCAUCUAUUCCUGUGGCAACUAUAAGUGGUCAGCAGGGUCACUCCAGCAACUUACACCACCUGAUGCCAGCUAAUAUUCAGAUAAUAAGGGGCAGUGCCCCUGCACUGCAGAUAGGGACCCCUGCAGUGCCUCCACAGACUUUCACAUCCCAUUUACCCCGAGGAGCUGCUGCAGCAGCGGUUAUGUCCAGUUCCAAAACUGUCCUGCGGCCAGCAACUGGAGCAAGUGCAGGUCCCGGCCAGCCCACAGUGCAGCACAUCAUCCACCAGACUAUUCAGACCCGCCCUGCUGUAACAACGUCUACAGCUGUGCUUCCAACUGUGGUGGCUCCCAUUUCGGCAACUAGAACUCAGUCUCCAGUUAUUAGCCCAACAGUCACACACUCUGCAGAGGUGGCACAUGGGCGCCCGGCGCUGACCAUUCACCCACCUCCUGCCACCGUCAGUAUUCAGAGGCCUCAGACAUCCCGAGACACUGCCACACGAAUCACACUGCCGUCUCAUCCUGCAAUGGGGGCUCAAAAGCCUCAGCCUCCGCACACCAUGACACAGAAGCCGAUUUUCAGUCCUGUGACACCAGUAGCUGCAGCAACUGUGGCACCAAUUGUUGCCACUAACACUGUGCCAUCAACCACCACAAUAGGCACUGUGCCACACACUCAGAUGACCAGUAACACUAUUGUCACCAUGACAAUGGCAUCCCACUCCUCUCAUGCAACAGCAGUGACCACCUCUACCAUCCCUGUUGCUAAAGUGGUCCCUCAGCCUCAGCCCAUCGCCCACUCUUCAUCCCGUGUGCAGCCUGAGUACCCUGGAGAGAGAACCAGCCUCAUGCCCAUCCAAAGUCAUCGGUCUUCUCCUAACCCCAUGGAAGCAAGAAGUGACAACAGGCCUUCUGUGCCUGUGCAGUUCCAGUAUUUCCUGCCAACGUACUCCUCAUCAUACACCCUGCCGCACACCUACACCCCCAUCAGCAGCUCUGUGUCGACCAUCCGCCAGUAUCCGGUUACUCCUCAGGCUCCGAGUUCAGCACUGCCCACCCCCGCUGGAGUAGGUGUGGCAACCACUGUCCAUCUAAACCACAUGCAGCUGAUGACAGUAGAUCGGAUUGGUCUACCAUCUGCACAAAUCAGCACCCAAGGGAUCCAGCCAGCACCAAUCGCUGCACAGGGCAUUCAGCCAACACCGAUAGGAGUGCAGGGUCUGCACACGUCUGCACCAAUCACCACACAAGGAAUACAGCAGACACCAAUUGUCACUCAGCAGCAGCAGCAGCAACAACAAGCACAGUCUGAAGCAAAACCUGGGGUUGUUUUGGCUGACGGAUUCGUAGCCAGCCCCAUCAGCAGCACAUUCAGCACCACCCAGCCGGUAGCUACCAUGGUGCAGGCACACACCCAGGGAGGAGUAGGAGGAGCUCCCACUCUGGUCUCCUCACCGAGACCCAGCAUCCUCCGCAAGAAGCCUGCUAAUGAAGGUUGUGUUCGUAAGAAUCUGAUCCCUGCCCAGCCCAGUGAAGCCACUAGUGGCAGAAUUGAGAGUGGCGUGAGAGGAGCGGGAUCUCCCCGACCUGCAGGUGUGAAACCCAAAGCUGAGGUGCACAUGACAGUGGCCCCUCCCGUCAUGGCAACAGUUGAAGCCCUGCCCACACAGGGAGGAGAGCAGCAGGCUGUGUCCUCUAAUGCCCAGCACCUCACCCAAGCCAUCCCCACCAUGCUCGCCACGCCGGGGCCUGUACCUCCUUCCCAACCCUCCACUGUUCUCUCUGCCUUGCCAGCAGCGAUGGCUGUAACCCCCCCUGUUCCUGCUUCAAUGGCCAACGCUGUGGCCUCCCCCACUCAGCCUGCAGCCAGUAGCACUGCAGCCUGUGCUGCCAGCUCCGCCUGCCCUGAUUUGAAAAUAAAACAGGAGAUGGAGACCAUGGACACCUCUCAGCCAGACCCCAAUACAAACUUGUCAUCAGCCCCAGCCCUCACCACCCAGGCUUCCACCUUGAACACUCCUGCAACAGGAGAUCUGAUCCCAGGGGCCUCUCCGAGGAAGAAACCUCGCAAGCAGCAGCAUGUUAUUUCCACAGAGGAGAGCGAGAUGGUGGAGACCAACAGCACAGACGAAGAGAAGGCCCCAGGCAGGCCCAUCACCAGCAGGGCUGAGAGACGUGAGUCUCCACCAAGGGAAUAUGUUGAUGAGGAAGGAGUGCGUUAUGUACCAGUCAGGCCUCGACCCCCUGUCACCCUUCUGCGGCACUACCGGAACCCCUGGAAAGCUGCCUACCACCACUUCCAGAGGUACAGCGACAUCCGGGUCAAAGAGGAGAAGAAGGGCACCUUACAGGACAUGGCCAAUCAAAGAGGGGUGGCAUGCAGAGCGCAAGGCUGGAAAAUUCACUUGUGUGCUGCACAACUGAGGCAGUUGUCGAGUUUGGAGCAUGAUGUGUACAGUCGCCUCUCCACGCUCCAAGAGGGCCUGAUCCCUAAGAAGAGAGCAGGAGCCGAUGAUGACCUUCACCGAAUCAACGAGCUCAUACAGGGUAACAUGCAGCGCUGUAAGCUGGUAAUGGACCAGGUGACCGAGGCCAGAGACACCAUGAUGAAAGUGCUCGACCACAAGGACAAAGUGCUGAAGCUACUCAACAAGAACGGCACCGUGAAGAAGUCCUCCAAACUGAAGCGCAAAGAACGGGCAUAAGCGCCUCCUCGCUGAAUGGGGCGAAGGAGCUGCUCAGAACUUGGUGCUAUGAUUUGCCUGCAUACAAUCACACGCAGCCUCCCUGAUCGGCCUGAGGGCAGGCAGAGAGAAGUAAUGGGAGGACUUGAAGAGGCAGAAAAGCCCAUCAGGAAUAGGUUCUCAUUCAGCGCACAUUAUGAGCGAGGGGCAUCAUAGGUUGCAUUAGAAUGGUCACCCGAACGGCUCUGUCAGCGCCCCUCCCCCUUUUUGUUCAUUGAUGAUGAGUCCAUUUUUACUAACUUAAAUUCUGCCUCUUCUUUUAAGACAAUGUUGGAACUGGCACAUUGUGUAUCGUUGAUGUUUGGCACUAAAUGCAGCUGCGGUAAAUCUAUGUAAAUGAUGAAAAGUGUUUCAACCACCUGAGAGUGGUUGAAUUAAAUCAUUUAAAAGCAGUCCUUUAGCGAGCUGUGUGUAUACAAACUAAUCUCAGUUGUGCUCUUCUCAUUAAUCUGUGCCUUCAUCCGUACAUGAGAUGGACGAGGACAUGUGAGUGCUGUUUCACAUGCUUUCGAAAUAUUCUCAAAAUAUAAUUCAGUGAAAGUGUCAGAUUCACUGCUUCCCCUUUUUUCUCCAAACAUCCUGCACCUGGAUUUUUACGGUUCAGAUUUGUUCAUCUGCCGUGGUUUAACAGUCACCUAAUAUUAUCCUCAUGUAGAUGUAAUCUAAAAGAUAUUGGAAUACUUAUGUGGUCUGAGAUUUAAAACAAAAAUAACACUAGGAGACAAGACAAACAAAAUAUGGCAGAUUGAUUUAAUAUACAAAAAAUGCUCUUAAAGGAUCACUAAUUUCCUAAAGGUUAUGUGGAGCAGCUCUGAAUCAUCUACUUAAUCCAAAGUAAAUGGAUGUCAUGGUGGUAAAAACCAAUAUUUUCAUUUAGUUUCAGGAAAUGGAGUACUUGAAAGACAGAGUAUGAGUAUCCUCAUAUGAUUAUUCUGGCAGACUGAGUUCAUGUAAAUCUCUGUAAAUGUGCUUUUUUUUAUUUUAUUUUUGUUUUCCAUUGACUUGGUUCUUUUCAAGUUUUGUACACCGUGAAACAUUUUGUGCUGUGUGACGUGUGCUGCUUCAUUUUGCUGAGUGUAACGACAUUGACAUUAUGAGAUGAAGUGAGCCUGAAACAUCCAGCUAUUGUACAUUGUUUUUGUCUGUGUAAUUAUAGUAAAGAUACUUAAACAAUA